AGACACUCCCAUUACGGAAGAGGGCGGAGAUUAAAACCUACACACUUAAGCUUCGACUUGUCCGGUUCUGGGCAGUCUCUCCAGAAGGAAACACUCCUUUACGAUGAAUUUCCCGGGAUAUGGUGCACCGGCUGCGGGCGGGUAUCCAGGAGGAUUCCCUGGACAACAGCAGGACCCUCUGUAUGGAUACUUCACUGCAGUCGCUGGUCAAGAUGGUCAGAUAUCUGCAGAGGAACUUCAGACUUGUUUGACUCAGGCCAACUUCUCUGGUGGCUACAGGCCUUUCAACAUUGAGACAUGUAGACUGAUGAUCAGCAUGCUUGAUAGAGACAUGUCUUGCUCGAUGGGCUUCAAUGAGUUUAAGGAGUUGUGGGCGGUGCUCAGCGGCUGGAAGCAGCACUUCAUGAGCAUUGACAGGGACAUGAGUGGCACAGUCGACCCACAGGAAAUGAGCCAGGCUGUUUCCUCUAUGGGGUACAGGCUGAGUCCUCAGGCCAUGAACUGCAUAAUUAAGCGUUACAGCUCUAAUGGGAAGAUCUCGUUUGAUGAUUAUGUCGCUUGCUGUGUCAAACUGAGGAGCUUGACUGAUGUGUUCAGAAAGAGGGACCAGGCACAACAGGGAGUGGCAACAUUUCAAUAUGAUGAUUUCAUCCAGUGCACUAUGAGCAUCUGAGGUUCAUGCAGAGAUCCACAAAUAAUAAAAAAAAAUGCAUACUUCAGUUUUAAUUUUUAUAACUUGCAUUUUUAAACAAUUUACUUAUGUGCUUUUUCAUGUCAUAUUUUGAAAAUAUUGUAGUACGUAUACAACAUAAAAAAUACAUUCAUGCACCAUUAUUCAUAUGACCAAGUUAGCAAUGCAUCUAUACCAAUGAUAAUUACAGUCUAUUCACUCAAAUGUAACCUGUACCCUAUAUCAAGUUUCUCCAUCAAAGCAGCUAUACAGAAAUUUAUGAUAUUAAUGUUUAUAAUAUCCUAAUGCCUUGCAGUCACAUUUAGCAGAUUAGAUCAGCAAUAUAUUACAGUAUAGCACAGGGGAGACGAACAUCGGUCCUGGAAAGCCGCAGUCCUGCAGAGUUUUGCUUCAAUGCUAAUCAAACACACCUGAACAAGCUAAUCAAGGACUGAAGGGUUAAUAGAAAGCUACAGGCAGGUGAGUUUUGAAUAGGGUUGGAGCUGAACUCUGCAGGGCUGCAGCUCUCCAGGAACGGAGUUCAAAACCUCUGGUAUAGCACUAUAACUAGCAUCCCACCUCUAGAAUCACGUCAGUGCAUUUGUAUACCCCCAUUGCAUGUUUUAAAUAUGCAUGGUCAGAAAUGAAUGCUUUAUCAAUGUGAGAAGAGCUAAACUUCAAAACCAUGUGUGAAUGCUGCUAACUGGAAGUAAAAUGUUAUAUUAUGUAUCACCAAAGAAUUCAUGACACUUGUGUCUGCUCUGCUUUUUGACUCUGUGCAUUGGCUGUUUAAAAUGUUUGUGAGAUCUAUUUGAGUAUAUUUUCAUUACACUCAAUUAAUGAUUUUUAAAUAACACACCAAUUAAGACAUUACCUCUUUGACUUAAUAAAUGACAACAGAACACUUAUCUUCCAGUAA